AUGACUUCCGUGCUGUUUGGAAAAUUGCAACCAAGAGAACAAAUAAACCAACUAACUUCCUUUAUUGACGCUUCUCAAGUAUAUGGUUUUGAGAAAGCUGUAGCCGAAAAUUUGCGAGAUUUAACUAAUGACAGUGGAUUAUUGCGUGUAGGGGCUACUUUCCCAGGACGAAAACCAUUGUUGCCUACAAUUGGUAUUAAUGGCAUGGACUGCAGACGUAAUUUAGACGAAAGUAAUCGCAAUUGCUUUGUAGCAGGUGAUAUUAGGGCUAAUGAACAAAUCGGACUGGCAGCAAUGCAUACAAUUUUUAUGCGAGAACACAAUCGGAUUGCUACUAAGCUUAAAGCUAUUAAUCCAUUCUGGGAUGGAGACAGAGUUUAUCAGGAAGCUCGCAAAAUUGUAGGUGCCGAAAUACAAUUCAUUACUUACAAACACUGGUUAUCGCUGGUUCUUGGCCCCGAAGGUGUUCAACAAUUGGGCAAAUACAAAGGAUAUAACUCCAAAAUUAAUCCGUCUAUUUCUAAUGUCUUCGCCACGGCAGCUCUAAGAUUCGGUCAUACCAUGAUUAAUCCCGUUCUUCAUCGCUACGACGAAAACUUUGAGCAAAUACCUCAAGGCCAUUUAUUAUUGCGUUACGCUUUUUUCUCUCCAUGGAGGCUUGUCGACGAAGGAGGCGUAGAUCCUUUGCUGAGAGGUAUGUUCACAACACCUGCAAAAUUAAAAACUCCUACGCAAAAUCUCAAUUCUGAACUCACUGAGCAGUUGUUCCAUACUGCACAUGCUGUAGCUCUCGAUCUGGCUGCGAUUAAUAUCCAAAGAGGGCGUGACCACGGUUUACCUCCUUAUACCAAAUUUCGAGACUUUUGUAAUAUGACCGAAGUUAACACAUUUGACGAUUUAGCAACUGAAAUAUCAGACAAAAAUGUCAGAGAUAAGCUCGAGGAACUCUAUGGGUCCGUUCAUAAUAUUGACGUAUUUGUGGGGGGUAUAUUAGAAGAUCAAGUAGAGGGAGGAAAAAUUGGACCCUUGUUCAGAUGCAUUUUGAUAGAACAGUUCCAGCGCUUAAGAGAUGGGGAUCGUUUUUGGUAUGAAAACCCUACGAACUUCAAACCACAACAAUUAAAACAAAUUAAGGAAAUGAGCUUAGCUAGAAUUCUGUGCGAUAAUGGAGACAAUAUUGAUACUAUUGGUGAAAAUGUUUUCUUAUUACCAGAAAUUCAAGAUGGGUUAAUUUCAUGCGAUGAUUUGCCAUCAAUGGAUUUACGUUAUUGGGCAGAUUGCGAUAGUUGCGGUGAAGAUGAGGAAGGUGAAAAGCAUCGAUCCCGCAGAGAUAUUUCCUCGGUAAAUGACAUUUACAGUUCCUUUGCUGAUUAUGAGGAACGUGUGAAUCACCUCGAAAGUUCUCAUGAUGAAUUGGAAAAGAUGGUAAAGGCAUUGAAAAUACGUAUAAAAUAUUUAGAGGAUUUGAUAAACGGAUUCCUAGCCAAUUAA